CUCUCUCUCGUCUAAACCCCACCAAAUACCAAACUCGUUUCUGUUUCAUCACUGGCGAAAGAGAGAGUUUCUAAUUUCUUUCUUAGCCUUUAUAUAUAUCUUUGUAUCUCCUACAUAUUAAAAUUAGUCAAGACUUAAAGUUACACACACACACACACACACAUAUAUAUAUAUAUACAUAUAGCUAGAGAUCACACACAAGGAGAGGAAGAAACAAGGGAAAAAAAAUGAACGGUUUUGAUCAUCCCCAAAGGCAAGAUCAAUACUCCUUGAAGAGGAUGAGAUGGCAAGAUAUCAAGAGGACGCAACACAUAAAUAUUGUUAGUGGUGGUGCAACUCCACCGUCCUCCGGUGGACUGUCCUUCACGGGAAGUAACCCUAACAGUACCACCAAUCUCCAAGGCUUUCCGGUGGGGCUGCUUGAUAGCCGCCACGACGAUCUGGUCUCCGCAGUGGUGCCAGCGGUGACGGUGGUUCUGGAAGGCCGUUCCAUCUGCCAGCGUAUUAGCCUCCACAAGCAUGCAAGUUAUGAAAGCCUUGCCAAGGCCCUCCGGCAAAUGUUCGCCCAGGAAGGCGACGGGGGCGGCGGCAGCGGCGGAGGAGGAGAAGGAGGCGGUGAAGAUAAUAACGAUAACGAUCUUGAUCUGUCGAAUGCUGUUCCUGGUCAUCUCAUUGCUUAUGAAGAUAUGGAGAAUGAUCUUCUUCUUGCUGGUGAUCUUAAUUGGAAGGAUUUUGUACGCGUAGCAAAGAGAAUCCGGAUAUUGCCAGCAAAGUCAAAUGGAAGGAAGGGGAGAGAAAGGGUGUAGGAUAUGCAUGCUGUUAUAUUUGGCAUUUUGUGGAUAAUUUUGGCAAUCAAAGUCAAGGGAGUUAUAUAAUAUAUAAUAUGUGCAUACAAACAAUAUGACAUCUCCAUUAUUAUAAGUUUGGCGGGAAUUGAUCACUAGAAUGGAAUAUUGUACUCAAAUUAAGCUAGUAAUUCUAAUUGGAAGCAUUGUGCUACUUUUCCGUGGAA